AUGCAAACCGGUGGACCAGUUACAGACACUUCCUGGCACCUAUCUCAACACUUCGCUGAACCUACAAGUGACGGCAUUACUACGCCAGAGAGGGACUUGGAGGAUGAGGCAGAGAAGACCGAAAGUAUAGGUCCAGGUACAAGCUCCGAUCCCGAAGCGCAGAGUGGCUAUUUGGUUGAAUUUACAGACAAUGAUCCAGAGAAGCCCAUCAACUGGAGAGUGAAGAAGAAAAUAUAUCACACCAUGAUUUAUGGUAUUGCUACCUUAGCAGCCCAAUUCAAUUCCACAACCACUGCACCUUCAGUUGUACAUCUAGCUAACUACUUUCAUGUCAGCACAGAAAAGGCUUUGUUAUGUACGUCACUGUAUGUCAUCGGCGUUGCUUUUGGACCCAUGUUCUUCGCGCCAUUGUCAGAGAUGUACGGAAGGAAAAUAGGUGUGUUUGUCCCUCUGUUUAUAUCAAUGGCGUUCACAUUAGGCUCUGCACGAUGUAGCGACUAUCCAAGUCUUCUUGUUACGAGGUUUUUUGCAGGGUUUUUUGGGGGCAGCCCGGUUGUAUCGUCUGGUGGGGUACUUGCGGAUAUCUGGCCGAUCAGUGUAAGGUCGGUUGCAUUGGUAUUUUAUGCGAUGUUUGUUGUGUGUGGCGUUACGGUGGGACCGGUCAUAUCUGCUUUGCUGACCUAUCAAGUUGGCACAGACGAAUGGCGAUGGCCAUUGUGGUUCAUUUGCAUCGUGCAGGGUAUUCUUUUGAUAGUUGCCACACUGACAGUUUCUGAGACGUAUGCAGGGGUUGUGCUGGCCAAAAGAGCCAAGCAGAUUCGUAAAAAAUCUGGUAAUUGGGCGUAUCAUGCCCAACACGAAGAGUGGGAUUUAGACUUGAAGGAAUACAUCAGCAUUCACCUUGUGAGGCCGUUUGCGAUGCUUGCCACUCCUAUUGUAUUCGCCCUGGCACUGUUCGCUAGUUAUGUGUUCGGCAUUUUGUAUCUGAUCGUAACUUCGUUGCCAUUGACCUUUGAGAUGACGAGAGGCUGGGAGGGUACUGUAAGUAACCUUCCCACUCUUGGCAUGAUGAUUGGCGUGAUAUUUGGUGGUGCGGUCAACGUUUGGGGAGGUUUAAGAUAUAAAAGACUGCUCGUGAAACACAAGGGGGUUCCGAUCCCAGAGGAACGGUUCCCGCCUAUGAUGAUGUUUGGAUGGCUGAUGCCUGCGGGCCUGUUCAUAUUUGCAUGGACUUCACAAGCAAAAAUCCAUUGGAUUGCCCCAUGCAUUGGUAUUGUGGUAAUGUCCGUGGGAUUUUUCGUCAUCUUUCAAGGCUGCCUCAACUAUCUGGUGGACUCAUUCACGAAGUAUGCGGCAUCUGCUAUCGCAGCUAAUACCUUCUUGAGGUCAAUCUUAGGUGGGGUUUUCCCACUGUUUGGUCACUCUCUUUUUCGAAACCUUGGAGUGCAAUGGGGCGCUUCAACAGUUGCAUUUAUUGCGCUUGCAAUGAUACCAAUACCAUUCGUUUUCUACGCGUUUGGCGCAAAGAUUCGCUCGAGGAAUCCUUACAUUAAACGGGUAGCUUGA